GGAAAGCUGUCGGCGGUUCCGGCAGCUUUGCUCGCCGGCAGCUUUGCUCCGUGUUCGGUGCUCUGGGCCUUCUGUGUCGCCACGGGCACAGCGCCGCUCACACCAUGGCUUGGGUCUUGAUUACGCCACAGCCUCUUGAGAGACUUGGGUCCUCGGAGCAUCUUUAGUGCCGGAGCUCGGGCCGCAGGCAGCUCCGCGGCGGCGGAAGAACAGAACCUCUGGAAUGGAUGGAUUCUUCCGGAGCAGCUUUGCUAAUUUGCAGCAGCUGGACAGUGUUCCUCGUUAAUAUCUGUCUGUCAGCCUAAUCGUCACAUCAUUUCACCCUGGUGGCAGGGACUCAGCUCCGAAUUCUGUAUAGAAAAAGCACCUGGAUUGCGGUCUUACAAUGGCUUCGAGACAACCAGAAGUACCUGCUCUUGAGCCUAGCGGGCCUCUAGGCAAGAUGUCCCUGCCCAUCGGGAUGUACCGCCGGGCAUUCAGCUAUGAUGAUGCCCUUGAGGACCCUGCGCCCAUGACUCCCCCUCCGUCGGACAUGGGCAGCAUCCCCUGGAAGCCGGUGAUUCCAGAGCGCAAGUAUCAGCACCUUGCCGAGGUGGAGGAAGGAGAGGCCAGCGUCUCCUCCCUUGCUGUGCCCCAGCCAUCGGCCACUGACAGCACGGACAAGGUCCCCGUGGUGAAGGCUAGAGCUACCCGUGUCAUCAUGAGCUCUCUGAUCACAAAACAGACCCAGGAGAGCAUUCACCGUUUUGAGCAACAGGCAGGGCUGAGAGAUGCUGGCUACACACCCCACAAGGGCCUUACCACCGAGGAGACCAAGUACCUUCGAGUGGCAGAAGCACUCCACAAGCUGAAGCUGCAGAGCGGAGAGAUGACGAGAGAGGAGAAGCAGCCGGCCUCAGCCCCGUCCACUCCCAGCAGUAGCCCCCACUCCUCCCCCAAGCAGAAGCCCAGAGGCUGGUUCACUUCUGGUUCCUCCACAGCCUUACCUGGCCCCAGUCUUAGCACCAUGGAUUCUGGAAGUGGGGAUAGAGACAGAAGCUCGGCAGAUAAAUGGAGCCUUUUUGGACCAAGAUCCCUCCAGAAGUCUGAUUCGGGAGGUUUCGCCACCCAGGCCUACCGAGGCACCCAGAAGCCCUCUCCCAUGGAGCUGAUGCGCGUGCAGGCCACGCGAAUGGCUGAGGACCCAGCAAUGUUCAAGCCGCCCAAGAUGGACAUCCCGGUGACAGAAGGGAAGAGACAGCUGCCGCGGACCCACGACCUCAAAGCCCGCGACUUGAAUGUUCUCACACCCACUGGCUUUUAGAGCGCUUUCCGUCCCGGGGACUCUGGACAGAGGGUGCCCUGCGCCCAGCUCCCCUUUAACUUGGCUCUGACAUAGGAAAGGUUUUCUUGUUUUUGUUUUUGUUUUUCCAGAUCUCUUAAACUGAGGCUAGAGCUGGAGACAUAAUUGGUUUUCGAGAAACAUCAGUGCAAAGCUUGUCCUUGUGUGGAAGAAGCCAUUGUGCGUCGCUUUUAUUGAGACUCAGUAAACUCAGCAGUGAUGUGUGGGGGGCCUCAUGCCCUGUUUGUACCCUUUUCCUGCUCAAGAACUUGGCUCGUUGCUGACGAGGUAGAUAACGUUUGUGUUGUUCCAGAACCAAUGCUUCUUGAUUCCUUUCCCGCCGUCCACGUGAGCCCGGGCCAAUCACGGAGCAGAGGUGCUCGCUGACCAGCGCUGGCCCUCGUGGCUGUGCUCCAGCCUUGUCAGGUGGGGGCCCCCCGAUCUGCCUGAGGUCCGAGAGCAGUCGAGAGCCAGGCCUGGCAGGGAGCUGCUCCUCUGGGCGGAAGCCGGGGUCUCCUGGCUUUUCGGUUGGCCUAGUGGAUCGCUUGUCCCGCAGCCACUUCCUCCUGUGUGUGGCGCCUCCCGGGCCGGCGCUGUUGGGGGCAUGCUUCUCUCUCAUGUGUCACAGAACAAACACUAGUCUGACAGACCCUUUGUUGCACUUUA